AUGAUCACUCCUCGCUUUUCCUGCUCGCAGACGGACAACUCGGUCAUCGUUUCAAUAUACUGUCCUUCUGUGCGAGCGUCCGACGUCGAGAUCAAUGUCGACGAGACGCUCUUCAGCGUCCACAUCAACCCAUACUUCCUGCGCCUCAACUUCUCACAUCCGCUCACGGAAGACGAUGCCUCAUCUGCCGCCUAUGACCCGAGCACCGGAUAUCUGACCGUCACGUUGACUAAAGAGGUCCCCGGGCAAGAGUUUAAGGACCUCGACCUUCUUGCCAAACUCCUUGCUCCUCGGCCGUCAAACACAGCCCCAGCGCAGCCAAUCAUCGAAGUUCUUGACUCCCAGGAGACGGAGCUGGAGGAUGCGGACGAAGAGUUGGCAGCCCGGACGCAAGGACUGAGCCUCGAGCAGCAAGAGAUACUCGAAGCGGCUGAAAAUGACUGGCAGUUACCGCAAACUAUUCCUGAACCCCUCCCGCCGCUUCAGACCGCCGUAGAACGUCGGUAUGGAUUUUUGGAUAUGCACUCUGGUUAUUUCAGGCAUGUGGAACACGCGGAGAACGAAGUAAAUGAGCUAGGCCCGGAUGCAGAGACCUGCGCUCCGCACGAGCGCCGUCAACGGCGCUUGAAACAUGAAGAACAAAAAUGGGAUGAAGACCACUACAUGGCCGACUAUGCCGAUGACGAGUACAUUCGAGAACUCAUCGCGUGGCCAAAUCCUCUCACCACAAGCACCGAAGAGUUCCAAUACACAGACCAAGAAAACCUUGUUAUGCUCCGCCUUCCCCGAAAGGAGUACUUGCCUACGCCCGGGCAGACGCAUAGCCUCUACCUCACCUUGCUCACGCUGCUCUUCGCCCAUACAUACGAGACGCGCACGACGCAGCGCGACCCGACACCGGAGAGCGCGUGGACCCUCGCUACUCUCACGCCUGCGUUCUCUGCUCUUGAUCCUCCGCCAUAUGGACAGGCCUCUUCCCCCGACCCUGCCGCUUUCACAGAGGCCGAGUUAGCGGAUACUCUGGUCGCUUCCUACCGCCGGUCGCUCACGUUUCCACUAUACCGGUCGUUCGCACUUGCAGAGGCGUGCCGAGCCGAUGUAGCUGCCUUGCUCGCACGCGGCAAACGGGUCGUCACACGAUGUCUCCUGGGAAUGAAGGACAUCCUCGACCACCACGACGUCUACUACGUAUACAGCAAGAUUUGGGUUGACGAUUUCUGCGUGUGGACGCUUGCCUACGCGAGUGACGAUGUUCUCAUGAAGUUGGCGGAUGCCGUAAAGAAUCUGCGGAUACCAAAACUCUCCAUCGGCUGGGAGCUAGAGGAGCUCGAGGCGCUGACCCGCGAGGACGUCGAUCGAGACACAGAUAGCGACGACGAGUCCGAGGACGAGAUAGAGCGGAUGCUCCCCGCUCCACUACCGUGAAUCGGAUGCUGUAUCUCCGCUUGGGGGACGUAUGUCUACUGUUCUGGCGCGCCGUACUGCAGGACAAGUUUAAUUGACAAGUUCUUC